AUGUGUGGCAUCCACGCUGUAAUCUCUGCUUCCAAGCCGAUCGGGAUCCCAGCAAAUCUGCAACGAUGUCUCUGCAAUCGCGGGCCAGACCACAUCGCCACGCACGAGACACAACUUGGGAGUAAAGCCGAUGCUGACGCGCCCACCACACGUUACCUGUCGUUCACGUCGACAGUGCUCGCCCUUCGCGGAGAUCACGUUGCGAGACAGCCUUUUGUCGACCCAUCCAGUGGCUCUGUCCUCUGCUGGAACGGCGAGGCGUGGAGAUUCCGCCACCACGAUGUCGCUGGAAACGACGGCGAGGCCAUUGCUGGGCUCCUGGCUGGGGCGGUGCGCCGGGGCGAGACGGAGCGUGAGGAAGCCAUUUUGAAGGUGUUGCGAUCUAUUGAUGGCCCCUUCGCGUUCGUCUUCUUCGACAAGGCUUCCAAGAAGCUCUACUUUGGCCGCGACAGACUCGGAAGGCGGUCUUUGCUCUUUCGGCGUGACGGUCACCAGCUGGUGCUUUCAAGCGUCGCAGACUCUGUGGACCCUCAGUGGAAGGAAGUGGAAGCUGACGGCAUUUAUGUUCUUGACUUGGGAACCGAUGGCUUUGGCGGACAAGCCUGUGAAUUCGUCUCCGCUAUUGGAAGGUUCAAUGAUUCUGUACCGAGCAAAGAAGCCCCGCUUACAGUCGACUCAACCUCUGUGACAGCUCUUCGGCAGCACUUGACUGAGUCGCUGAGAUUACGCGUCUUGAAUGUGUUUGAACCGCCCGGCACUGAGUCCCAGCAAACUCCGACCAAGGUGGCUGUCUUGUUCUCCGGAGGCCUGGACUCUACCAUGAUAGCAAGAAUGUGUCACGAUCUUCUCCCAUCGGAUCAAGGCAUAGACCUGAUCAACGUCGCUUUCGAGAAUCCGCGAGUAGCUGCGAACGCCAAGAAGUCGAUGGAUCAAAAGUCUGCCGAGUCUCUUGACGUCUACGAGGCCUGCCCAGACAGAGGCACAGGAAGGAAGUCCUUCGCUGAGGUCCAAGCGGUCUGUCCUGGGCGGGCUUGGCGCCUCAUUGCAGUGAGUUUUCCUUUAGUCACCUCACUCAUUUAUCCUCACAACACGGAAAUGGAUCUUUCCAUCGCCUGUGCCCUGUAUUUUGCGGCGCGAGGCCAGGGCGUAGCUUUCACUGAUGCCACGUCAACCUCCUCUACACCAUACACCACCACCGCGCGUGUGCUUCUCUCAGGACUCGGUGCCGAUGAGCUCUUUGGGGGCUAUUCCCGCCAUGCCGUGGCCUUCCUAAAGCAAGGCUAUCAAGGCCUCGUCGACGAGCUGCGGCUCGACGUCAGCCGGUUGGGCAAGCGCAACCUGGGCAGAGACGAUCGAGCCAUGUCGCACUGGGGCCGUGAGAUCCGUUUCCCUUUUCUUGACGAAGACUUGGUGCGAUGGGCUAUUGGGGUCCCAGCCUGGCAGAAAUGCGACUUUGGGCAGCCUGAUGGUCAUGUUGAGCCCGCGAAACGGGUCUUGCGACUCUUGGCGCUGGAGUUCGGGAUGAUGGGUGUGGCCACGGAAAAGAAGCGGGCGAUACAAUUCGGAUCCCGAACAGCAAAAAUGGAAAGCGGCAAGGUCAAGGGAACCACACUUUUAUCAUGA